GGUUCGAAAACGCUGCAGUCUACACUCGAACGUCUUGGCUUCCGAACGUUCCAAAAAAAAAGUAAAUUCAAAUUUAAAAAUUACUUACAUUACGACGCGUUCGAUAUUUAAAAACUUUCAUUUCGCGCCCAUUUCAAAAAUAUUUUAUCUGUGAUUGGUUUUAUUGAAUUAUUUUAAAGUGAAUUCUAUUAAGUGAAAGUGUCUAGGUUUAAAAGUGAAAGGCAAUAUAAAUUUAUUUUAGAAACACAAAUACUAAACGCGCGAUGUCACAUUACAAUAGCACACUAGCGACAUGUCAGCGGUGAAAAAUGGAAACUCGAUAUGGUACCAAAGACACCAUAGAUCGAAUGCAAUCUACACAAACACAGAUAAAGUACUAAAAAAGAGGAAGAACUGUUUUUACAAUGGUAACAUAAACAAAACAAAAUGGCGACGGAAAUCAAAAUGGCGGCUGGGCGCUGUUUUGAUACCGCUGAUUGUUUUAAACUUUGUUGGACAAGUAAAUACGGAAACUCUGACCAGCAGAGUUCUAGCCUCAAUAUUCGGGUACUCCCCUACUUGUACCAUUGGAACAGAGGUCAGGCCAUGCACUCUGUCCUUGACUUGUUGGCUUCAAGGUGGAACGAGGCUCAAAGGCUGCGGAACCAGCUGGUUAUUCUCAUGCUGCCUUCCUCCUAAAACUGGAUCUAGUGAAGCUUUUGAUAAUAGUAUACCAUCAUCAGAGUGGAUGUACAACAAAGCGCCGCCGCAGUUACGGUACGUUCCCCAGCGUAGCGUGGUACCGGCCAACGUGUUCAGGAGGAGGGUCGACGAUGAUGCAGCUCAGGCGGAUUGCGGUCUACCAUCCUCUAGGAUAUUACAGAAAAGGAUAAUAGGAGGGAGGGAGGCUCGAUUCGCUGAAUUCCCCUGGCAAGCACAUGUAAGGAUAUCUGAAUUUCAAUGCGGUGGUGUGCUUGUGUCGCGGCAGUACGUGGCGACGGCGGCGCACUGCGUGUGGCGGGCGCGCGCGCGCGACGUGGCCGUGUGGCUGGGCGCGCACGACACCGCACGCGCCGGCACGCGCGCCGCCACCAAGCUGGGCGUCGUCCAGAAGAUCCUGCAUCCACUAUUCCAGUUCCGUAUGACCCAACCAGAUCGUUACGACAUCGCCCUCCUGAAGUUGUCCAGACCCAUCACGUACAUGAGCCAUAUCCUGCCCAUCUGUCUCCCGGACUUCGACCUCGAGCUGCAGGGAAGGUCCGGAGUGAUCGCCGGCUGGGGGAAGACCGACGCCAGUAACAGUCAUACGGGGACCAAUCUACUGAGAUCCGCCACAGUGCCUAUACUGAGUAAAGAGCAAUGUAUAAAGUGGCAUCAAAGCAAGCAGAUAUCCGUUGAAAUACACUCGGAAAUGAUAUGCGCGGGUCAUUCGGACGGACACCAAGACGCCUGUUUGGGCGAUUCAGGAGGCCCACUAAUCGUAUUAGACAACGGUCGCUACUAUCUCGCUGGUAUCACGUCAGCUGGCUUCGGAUGCGGCGUGGACCAUCAACCGGGGAUAUACCAUAACGUGAAAGUCACCAGCAACUGGAUCCGAGGAGUUAUAAACCCUGUUACCAACUAUAUAGAUUUUUAAUGGUACACAGUAAUAAAUGGUAAUCAACAUAUCAGACGUUAUCUGUCCACUAUUGGACAUAGGCAUCCCCCAUUGACUUCUUAGAUUAUAUAGAUAGAGACUCGAUGUCUCUAAAACGGGUCAACUAUUUAACAGCUAAUUGUCAAAUUAGCUGACUCGUUUUUUACAAGUGUUCUAUAUACUUACGCACACAAUGUAUCUUGACAUUUUUUUUUAUACAACUUAGAAUGGCAAACAAGCUGACGGCCCACCGGAUGGAAAGUGGUAACCGUCGCCUAUAGACAUGAGCAGUACCAUGGACAUAACAGAGUAUACUGUUUCGCCCGUGAUACCCCCCAUGCAUUGCCAUUCCAGAGGACUCAGGUGUUAUUACUCUGUACCCAGUAAAUUCACGCCAUAUCCCACCCUUCAAACCGAAACACAGCCAUGCAAACACAACUGCUUCACGGUUGAAACACGAAUGUGACAGAGGUAUCCAAGCAAUCGACUUUUGACAUAUCCAUAUAUAUUAUUAUUCAAUAAAUAAAAUGAGUUUUUAUACAUUAAAAAGAUGCAAAAAUUAUAAAACAAAUAUAGAUAAAAGUUAUAAAGGUAAUAACUAUUUAUCACGCAAAAUUGUAUAAAAAUGUUGACCCGCUUUUCUCCAAAGCAUUUGUAUAGAAUACUGCUUAAAAAAAACGAGUCAGCUAAUUUGACAAUUAGCUGACAAAUAGUCGAUCCGUUUUUGAGACUCGAUGCUCUAUCUAUAUAGUCUAAGUUCAUAUGUUCACAAUAAAAUAAAUUAAAAUCAUGUAAGUGUUAUUAAAAUAUUUAGACUGAAAAGCAAAUGUUAUUAAGAAACGCAAAUUAUAAUCGAGUGGAAAAUUUCGAAGCACACUUUUUUUUUAUACCACUGAGGUGGCAAACAAGCAUACAGCCCACUUGAGGGUAAGCGGUUACCGUAGCCUAUGAACGCCUGCAAUACCAGAGGUAUUACGCGCGCGUUGCCGACCCUUAAGAAACCUCUUUACCCCCCUUUUUGAAGAACCCCAUGCUAUCACAUGAUAUAGUAGACUGCUUUAAUAAUAGUAAAUAAGUAUUAAAAAAAUAUAUAUUAAAAAAUUGCUCAUGUUUUUUUUUCUGUUAAUGAGAAUGCUGACUGUACAUGAUUAUGAAAAAUGGCAAAUAAUUAUAUAUAUAAAGAUAUAUGUAUAAAGACCAUUGAUAUAAAAAAAAAUUAUAAAUUAAAAGAAAAUUGGCUUUUUUUUUAAUAUAUAAAAAAAAGAUUUUAAAAGAGUUAUUAAUUAAAAAGAUGUUUCCCUUCACUUAUUCAAAUGCUUAGCUUGCCAAUUUUCUGUCUAAUCACAUUAUUUAUUUAUUUAUUCAUUAGUACAAAUAUGUGUACAUGGCGGACUUAAUGCUAAAAGCAUUCUCUCCCAGUCAACCAUAGGGAAGUGUCAGAAUACUCGAAUGCGGUACUAGUAAUUAUUGAUAUACAUACAUACUAAACUUGAUAUACAUUACCUGAGAGUUGAUCUCCGUUAUUGUUUAAAUUUAUUUAUUUCAUUAUUUAUUUA